AUGCCUACGGUCCGACUACCAAAUGAGGUGUUUGACGAGACUCAUCCUCUAUGGAAAGAUUUCCUCGUCGGCAGAUUUUUAGCUAAAACUCCUUUUGUGGGAGGGAUCCAUGCUUUGGUUAAUAAAAUUUGGACUCUUGGUGAUAAGACGAUUAAGAUUGAUGUUUUUGUAGUGGAUAAUACCACUGUGAGGUUUCGAAUCAGGGAUGAGCGUAUGCGAUCUCGUGUUUUGAAGAGAGGUAUGUGGAAUCUAUGUGGUGUUCCAGUUGUUCUAUCAAAGUGGAGUCCCAUUGCAGAGUUGGAGCCUGAAGAGAUUAAGACUGUUUCUAUAUGGGUUAUAGUUAAGAAUGUUCCUCCUAAAUAUUUCUCUUGGGAGGUGCUAAGUGCAAUAACGAGCCCCCUCGGCACUCCAAAACAACUACAUUCGGAUACAGAGUCAUGUAAGUCGUUCACUGAAGCUAAGGUUUUGGUGGAGGUGAAUUUAACAAAACGUUUACCAAACAAAAUGUCUUUUAAAUCGGAGAAAGGAGGUGAUACUAUUGUGGAGUUUGUUUAUCCCUGGCUGCCAGCUAGGUGUACCCUAUGCUCUAAAUGGGGCCAUUUGGAAGAUACAUGUACAACGAAAAAGGAUCAGGGGAUUUCCUGUCCUAGUCAGCCUACACUUGAACAGUCGGAAAAGAACAGUGGGGAAAAGGUUGUUUCAGGUUCAGGUGGGGUCACGAAUUUAGGCAUUGUUGAGUCUUCUGAGCUAAAACAAGGGGUAACAGAGGUUGUUGUUGAUCAAGUUGCUGAGAAUACUGCAGAUACGGAGGGUGAAAAGGACCUUGGUUGGACAACUCCUACUAAAGGGUUGCGAAGCCCAGUGAAACAGGUUGCUAGUUCAAAGGACAUUUCGAAUAUGUCGAACUCUUUUUCCUGUUUGAGUGACAAAGGGGAACAGGGGGAGGCAUUGGAUACAACAGUCGGGGAGAGUAGUGGUCCGACUACCGCUAACUCUGAUGUGGUGAAUCUUCCUACUGAUACUACGACUUCGGGGGCUGAAAUGUUACUGGAGAAGCAGAACCAGGAGGGAGGCAAUGCUCCUGAGCGUCAGGAGACGGGUCUAUCUCUUCGACCUUCACUUCCUCGAGCCUCUAAAGGGGUUCAUAAAUUUGUUUCUACUACCAGUUCUCAGAGUUUUAGGGCUCAAGCUCCUAGUUCUCUGAAACCACGUCAAACCCCAACACAACUCUGA